AUGCGACGUGGUCUUUCUUUGCUCGCCUUGGGGCUUACCCUUGCUCUUACUACCGGACAAAUGCUCUCCCUCAAGUCCAUCAAGACGUUCGAAAGGACGCAGAUGAACAAAGACAAGUGGAGCAUGAAGGGCCACCUGGAGGAUCCUACUCUUGCUGUCGUGUCCGGCAUUGGCACAAAUGGUCUGACUGUGACGCUGCUCGAUAUGGCGGCUGACACCUUGGACACAGCGUCCUUCGCGGCGGGCGACUGCAUGGUGCGGAAGAGCUCCAAGGGGGCGAGGUGCAAGAUGAUGGGGGCACGCGUGUCAAUCAGGGCCAGCAAGCCCCCCAAGGGCGUAGGAAAGUCGCACAACUCAACGGGAGGAUACUUCAGCGUGUCAGGCAGCUUCCGGCGUGUGCAGCUCCAGGAAGAUCCCGUCGAUUUCCCCUUGACGGCCGAGCUUACCGUCCCAGGCGUCGGCACUCUCUCUCAGACAUUGACCGGUUGCUCUGUCAAGGGGACCAAGACAAGGAAAGUCACAUGUGUCCCUGGACCCACCCCUGCCCCCACCCCUGCCCCUUUUUCUGUAUGA